UAAUCGCAUUUUUUGUUGUCAAGUCUCGAGUUUUUUUUUUCAUAAUCAAAGCUGAAUCAUUAAGGGAAUAUGAUUAGAUUAUAACUGUUUUGCCACGAUACACUUUUGAGAUGAUUAAUAAAUCACCAAGGUCGCUGAUUUUACACAAUCUGAUUAAUUGGCUUCUAUCAAUUGCUUAUCUUAAUCAGAUGUUGUGAGGUGCAAAUGGAACCCAGAAAAAAGGUAACAAACAACAGGGGAAGAUAAUGUUGAUGAUAGACAAGAUGAUAAACUAGAGUUUACUAUAAAAUGAAAGGUAAAAAGUGAAAAUCUCAUCACAUAAUCCGUUGGCUCUUAAUCCCUUGAUUCUCUGCAGUUUCAAUCGACCAAAUUAACAAUCAAACAAAAUGGCUCACGAUUUAGCUUACAAAAAAUACGAGGAACAAUUAUCAGCUUGGCAAAACUUUACCGGUGCUAAGCCUUCUGAUAAGCCGAUUCGAGUUGCUCUUUUUGGUUUGGGACGAAUUGGUUUAAUUCACUUGGACAAAAUUUACUCGAACCCUCGAGUUAAACUUGUUUACUGUGUUGAACCUUCGAGCGAGCGAUGUGCUUACAUCAAAGCUAAAUGGAAUCUAGAUGAUGUUAAAUUCAUCGUCUCCACCAGUGGGGAAAUCGUUUUCAAUGAUCCCACCGUUGAUGCCGUUAUCAUUGGUACUCCCACUCAAACCCAUUUCGAUAUCCUAAUGGGCGCUCUUCGAGCUGGUAAAAAUGUCCUCUGUGAGAAACCUCUUGCCUCUAAUUACCAAGGUAUGGAAGCUUGUUACGCUUUAGCUAAAGAAAAGGGUGUUGUCCUAUUGACCGCUUUCAAUCGGCGAUUCGACCCUACAUUCAACAAUAUCCGCCAACGAAUCGCUGCUGGUGAAGUUGGACAAAUCCAUGUAAUCAAAAGCUGCGCUCGAGAUUCACCUCGACCUACAAUUGAAUACCUCGCAACAUCUGGCGGUAUUUACCACGAUUGUGCCGUUCACGAUAUCGACAUGUUACUCUGGCAAACUGGUGAAUAUCCAAUUCGAGUAAGUUGCACCGGUCUUGCAUUUUCUGACGAUAUUAGAGCCAUUGACGAUCAUGAUUCCGUUGCAAUUAUGUUAACCUUUCCCUCUGGUGCUAUUGGUAUGAUUGAUCUUGAUCGAAACUCACCCUAUGGUUACGAUCAACGAAUCGAAGUGUUCGGUCCAAAAGGUAUGCUUUCAGGUGACAACCUCCGUGCUAACGGUGUGGUCGGCGAAAACAAUAAUCAAUCGUCACAAACCCCAAUUCUUUACUCUUUCGUCUCUCGAUACGCCGUUUCUUAUGCCACCGAAUUGGAGCAUUUUAUUAAUUGCGUCAAGGGAACUGAAGAAUGUACAAUUAAAGAUUACCAAGCAUUAGCCAGUUACAUUGUGUCCGAAGCCGCUGAGAAAUCGGCUCGAACUGGACAAACCAUUAACCUAACAUGGGACGAGAAUAAAUUUCCAACCGUAGGACCAACUGGUAACAAAUAAACACUUAACAAUUAAACUAAUCAAUUAAUAAUAAUAUACAGAAAAUUGUUUAUCACUUAAUUAAAUAAUAAUAUCAAAUUCGCAAUUGUUAUUGUUUUUAACUAAUUGUAAUUGCAGUUAAACCUUAAUUACUUGAAAAAGUUAAAAUAAAAAGUUACCGAUGAAGGCAAAAAAUUUAAUCAAAUUGUAA